AUGAAUAUCAGGCUGGAACUAUCGAGAUUUCUGAAACUAUGUUUUGUGCUUUCGUCGGCUUUCAUGUUUUGGAAAGGACUGUCAAUAGUUACAAACUCGCACUCGCCCAUAGUGGUGGUACUAUCGGGUUCAAUGGAGCCAGCAUUCCAAAGAGGUGAUGUGCUUUUCCUGUGGAAUAGAAACGAAAUGAGCAAAAUCGGUGAUAUUGUCAUUUAUGAGGUGGAGGGGAAGUCAAUUCCCAUCGUUCACAGAGUCCUUAGAGAGCACCACAGCGAGAACAAGAAGAAGCAGUUGCUAUUGACCAAAGGUGACAACAAUGCUGGUAACGAUAUCCCGUUGUAUGCUAACAGGAAGCUGUACAUACAGAAGGAAAAAGAUAUUGUGGGGACUGUGAAAGGAUAUGUUCCACAGCUGGGAUACAUAACAAUCUGGAUCUCCGAAAAUAAAUAUGCCAAGUUUGCAAUGAUAGGAUUCUUGGGACUAAGUGCUUUGUUGGGUAAUGAUUGA